CUUAAUCAAUUUCUAUUAUUAAUCUUUUAUUGUUUUUUUUCCAUUAAAAUUACAUUGUUUCGGGUUUCAAAGUGCAGUGAUUAUUAAUUGCUCCUACUUGCCACGAUGAUUACAUAAAUGGAGCCAUCACCCACGGUUCUUGUCCUCUUUACUGGAUAAAAUUCACCGAACAACAAUGCUGCGAACUAGUAAAAAUUUAAUUCAGCUGGUUGCUGCACCACAGCAGCAACAGCAACGAGGAAUGGCAACUUUAAAGUCAAUUUCAAUUCGUCUAAAAUCAGUGAAAAAUAUUCAAAAAAUUACUCAAUCCAUGAAAAUGGUGUCAGCGGCAAAAUAUAAUCGUGCCGAGCGUGAUCUUAAACAAUGUCGUCCACUUGGCGAAGGAACAAAAACAUUUUAUGAACAAGCAGAAAUUCAACCACCAGAAGGUGAACCAAAAAAACUUGUCGUUGCCGUAACCAGCGAUCGUGGACUUUGUGGUGCAGUACACACAGGUGUUGCACGUAAUAUUCGUGAAUCAUUACUCGCAAAUCCCGUCGAACGUGAAAAUACAAUGAUUGUUUGCAUCGGUGAAAAAUCACGUGCAAUUCUCUCACGAUUAUUUGCUAAAAAUAUUUUAUUCGUUGCAUCUGAAGUUGGAAGAAAACCACCAACAUUUAAUGAUGCCGCUAAAAUAGCCAAUGAAAUUAUGAAUAGCGGAUAUAGCUUUGGAGGUGGUCGAAUUGUUUACAAUAAAUUUAGAUCAGUUGUUUCAUAUAAAGUUGACGAUUUACCGCUUUAUGAUAAAAAUGCAGUAACUACAGCGCCAAAAUUAUCAGUAUAUGAUUCAUUAGACGAAAGUGUAAUUCAAAGUUAUUUAGAAUUUUCUUUGGCAUCGUUAUUAUUUUAUUCGAUGAAAGAAGGUGCAUGCAGUGAACAAUCCAGUAGAAUGACUGCCAUGGACAAUGCCAGCAAAAAUGCAGGAGAAAUGAUUGAUAAGCUCACAUUAACUUUCAAUCGUACCCGACAAGCCGUCAUUACUAGAGAACUUAUUGAAAUUAUUUCCGGUGCUGCUGCUUUGGAAUAAAAAAAAAUAAAUAAAAAGAAAAAUUACUCUAAAUAUUGAUUAGCGUACCCUAGAAUACAUACAUCGUCACAAUAUCAUUCGAGGCAUAUUGUCGCGAUUGAUAUUAAAUUCAAAUCGAUUCCAUCAUUCUGUUUAAAAAGAAAACAUCGGAAAAUUUGCAAAAAAAAAAUAAUUUUUGUAAAUGUGUAUCAAGUUCGAGGCUUGGCGAUCAAUAAAUUUUGUUGAAAAACUCUUGGUUAAAA